AUGAAGACCGUCGCCUACGCCGCCUCUGCUCUCGCCCUCGCCGGCCUCGCCUCGGCGCAGACCAUCAACACCCCGACCGCCCUCUACACCUGCGAGCCCUACCAGCUCUCGUGGGCUGGCGGAUCGGCUCCUUACUACGUUCGCGUCCUCCAGGGUGGCACGACCUCGGACGUCAUCGAGACCCUCGUCUCGGCCCAGUCCGUCACCUCGUACACCUGGAACGUCAACGUCCCUGCCGGCUCGUCGGUCACCAUCGGCUUGACUGACUCGACUGGCCAGUCGGCCUACACCGCUCAGGUCAACGUCCAGGCCGGUUCGUCGACCUCGUGCGUUGGCCAGUCGGCUUCGGGCGCUGCGGGCGGCGCCGCUGGUUCGUCCACCGCCGCUGCCGCUGGCUCCUCGUCGGCCGCCCGCUCGUCGGCUGCUGCCUCGUCUGCCGCCUCCACCACCGGCGGCGCCAAGUCGUCCGCCUCGUCCGCCGCCGCAGGCGCCUCGUCCGCCGCCUCGUCUGCCGGAUCCGCCGGCGCGUCCGCCGCCUCGCCCUCGCAGUCGUCCAAGCCUUCGUCCGGCGCCGCCACCCUCGCCGUCUCGGGACUCGUCGGAGCCGCAGGUGUCGCUGCUGCGCUCCUUGCCUAA